AUGAAAAUAUUGAUGAUAGUUUCUGUUCUGAUAAUUUUAUAUUUUGUCUUAAAGCCUAAAAGCCUAAAAGGGUUCAACCCCGAUGGUUUCAUAAAGCCGUUUAUCAGCUAUGCACCCAGUUUUUUCACGGCUCCGGACAACAAGCUUAUUGCCUGCGAAAUCCGGAAGUCUAUGUCUCAGCUGACGCUCAACAUGAUGUGCCUCUUGUACAACGAAACGCAGUACCUACAGGAUAAAAACAAUUUCACGAAUACUUGGGAGACAAGUACUAGGAAAUGCACUAGUGAGACAAACUUUGUGACUCCAUCCGAUUCAUUGAAGAACGAUAAGGACGCAGUGCGAUUUGUGUUCGUGCGGGAUCCGUUUCGCCGUUUUGUGUCGAUGUACUUGAACAAAUGUGUCGUUGAAAAACGGUGUUUCGACUGUGAAACCGAUAUGCGGUGUAUCGCGAAGAAAACCUACGAGUCAUUCGUCGAGAUUCAGAAUAAUGAGACUAAAGCUGCGGGAAUUGAGUAUGUUGAGGCACAUGCUGCUCCAACGACUUGGAACUGUAAAUUCAACGAGGGAGUUGAGAACUGGGAGCUGCUGCCUAUGGACUCGGACCUCAAAGAUCGGAUUUCGUCGGCUGCUAAAUUAGCAGAUAUCUUAAGAAAGCAAGGCGUCCGUGACACUUUAGUUGAGCAAAUUUAUAAAGACAUUUUGACUACCGAGACUGCUCACUCUACUCACAAAUGGACCAAACGUCUGGAAGCUGAAAAGCAAGUUCGAGAAGAUCCGAUUGUUCGUGAAUACCUGCACAAAAUCUACCUCUACGAUUAUCUUCUUUUCCCGUUUGACAGAAGCGUUUUAGACCCGGAAUAUCGGGAUAUUAACUCAAUUUCUUAUUUGAAAAAAUUCUCCAAAUGA